AUGUUCUGGAUUGGAGGCCAAGCUAGUCUUGACUCUGGGUACAUGUGGAUUGAUGAAACUGCCUUUGACUUUGACAACUGGGCAAAGGGUGAACCCAACAAUGAGUAUGACCAAGAAGACUGCAUAAGCAUGUACAACCAUCAACAAGGGUACUGGAAUGAUGCCAACUGUGCCCACACAAUGGGAUGCAUCUGUAGGAAGCUGCAUGGUCAAACCUUCCCACCCCCAAAGACCACUAAAAUUCCUGAUGGUCAUUGUCCAGAUGGCUGGCUCCACACAGGUAGAAAAUGCAUAAAAUCCUUUAAAGACAAGAUGAACUUCACAUCUGCUCGGUCAUCUUGUAAAGCCUUGGAUGAUAAAGCUGAUUUGGUCAGUAUACACUCAUCUGCAGAACAAGAUCCAAAUGUAUUUGAUCAUCAUCCACCCCCUACCUGCCAUCCUCCCUUCAACGAGUAUCUUGCUUACAAUGAUGCAUGUUACAAGCCCAUGAACACAACCAAAUCCUGGAUUUGUAUACUGAAAGUAGAGGUGUUGGUAAAAUGUAUUUUUCUCUCUAGUUGCUUGCAAGAGGAUGCCAGCCUAGCAUCAAUACAUUCAGAAGAAGAGAUGAAGCUUAUCACCAUGGCAGUAAAAAAUUAUCAACUGCCAUUCUGGAUUGGUCUUGUACAAAAAGCAUAUGGUGACUUUGGCUGGAGUGAUGGCAGUGGGUUCGACUUCUUCAACUGGCAGAGUGGUCAGCCAAACAGUGAUGAGGAACAGUGUACAGAGAUCAGUCCUACUUCUGGCCUCUGGAAUGAUGCUGUGUGCUCCAAUAUUAGAUUUUCUAUCUGCAAAAUUUUGAAAAUUCAGGAUGAGAAGCCUACCAAGCCUGUUCCCACAGGCUCAGUGACCACAAACUCUCCUCAUGGAGGGAAUGGAAAGCUUGACGCAGGUGGCAUAAUUGGCAUCAUCAUAGCAGUGCUUUUUGUGAUGGUUGCUGUCGGCUUUGUUGGAUAUAAUCUUGUCCAGAGGCAACCAAAACCCGUUGAAAACCAUGAAAAUUUAUCCUUCACCUAUGUUACCUCUUCUCAGGGUAAAAGAGGAGGCCAUAUCAAUGUGAAUGUACCAAAUGAAGGAUCAGAUGCAUAACCGAGUGUAUCUAUCUGCACUACCCUCCAGUGGAUGAUGAUGGUGAGCGAGGCCUCUUCAGCAUGAGCAAUAUGUCUAAAGGAUGUGGUGUCCAUUAAAGUGCCAACCAAUGAUGAUGCUGAAGCGGCUUAAAAAGAAAGCCC